AUGAAGUUCUCCGGUCUCCUGUACCUCGCCACCCUGGCCUCUGCCGCCUCUGUUGACCUCAACAAGCGCGACAGCCCUCUCGAUAUCAAGAUUGAGAAGGUCGGCAACACCGCCAUCAAGGCGAGCAUCACCAACACUGGUGCCUCUGACCUUAAGGUCCUCAAGACCGGCUCGAUCCUCGAUGACCUCGAGGUUGAGAAGUCCGAGAUCUUCUCUGGCUCCAAGAAGGUGGAGUUUGAUGGUGUCCGGCUCCAGCUGGAUACCACGGCUCUCAGCGAGGAGUCCUUCCAGGUCCUCGUGGCCGGCGAGACAGUCGAGCUGACCUGGGACGUCGCGCACGUGCACGAUCUUAGUGCUGGCGGCGAGUUCGACAUCAGCGCCAACGGCCGCUUCUCCUAUGCCGAGGGUGACUCGACCGAGCUGACCGGCGUCGCGACCUACGCGUCCAACGUUGUGCACUCGACCGUCGACGGCGAGGAGGCCGCCAAGGUGCGCCGUGACUUCCACGAGACGAUCAAGCGCGCCGUCGUCCAGAGCGACUGCACGGGCACCCGCCGCACGGCGACGAUCAAUGCGCUGUCCAACUGCCGCAGCCUGGCGCUCGCCGCGGCCUCGGCGGCCUCGUCCGGCGCCGCCGCCAAGAUGACCGACUUUUUCAAGUCGUCGACCACGGCCACCCGCAACACGGUCGCCGGCGUCUUCAACCGCAUCGCCUCCGAGUGCGGCAGCUCCACCGGCGGCGUCUCCCGCCAGUACUGCACCGACAUCUACCCGGCGUGCUCGUCGGGCGUCAUCGCCUACACGCUGCCGAGCCAGAGCUACAUGGUCAACUGCCCGUACUACUUCUCGUCCUUCCCGGCCCAGAGCCGCACGUGCCGCGCCAUCGACCAGGCCACGACCACGCUCCACGAGGUCACCCACCUGACCCAGAUCCGCGGCACCCAGGACUACAACUGCUACGGCUACUCCUGCGUCCGCAGCCUGUCGGCCUCGCAGAACAUCAACCACGCCGAUACCUACACCCUGUUCGCCCAGUCCAUCUACGCUGGCUGCUAA